AUGUCGUCACCCGAUGAUACAAACGACACGCUAUCCUUAGUGUCAUCAUUCUACGGCCCUGGAAACAUCAGCUGCUGGCUACUCACCAUCGCUGCCGUGCUCGUGACAUGGACGCUCAACCCGAGAUCCCGCCAACAGGACACUAUCACCCUGGACUUCAUGGCCGCCCUCGCGAUUCCAUCAAUCGCAGCCGGGCAUUUGUUCUACCUUGUUUUCUCCCGUCAAAGCCAUGAUGAGCUAGGCGAGGAAGCACCAUCUAUCGACGGCGCCAAUUUAUUUACAAGCUCGUCACAAACAGCCAUCCGGUAUGCUGCCGCAGUAGAAGCGCCGCUCAAUGUGUGUGAAACCUUCUCCAGUGUGGCUCUUACGAUGUUUGUAAUAGCGGCAUGGAACGGGGGACCUCGCAGAGCUUUCGCUGUGGUGGUUGCCGGCCUAUUGGCGUUUUCGACCGAGAUCAGUCUCUUCAUUCAGACUGCUGGCAUCGAAGCAGCCACGUCGAAUCUUGGCCGCCCAUUCUUGUUCAACUCUCUCGUGACAAUGGUCGUAAUCCUUGUCAUGUUGACCUUCUUCCUCGCGGUGCUGCUGAUAAUCGGAAUCAUGGCUGUCGACUUUAGACUCCGGAGACUUGUUGCUAUUAGCGACGCAACCCGUACAGAAAUGGAACAGACAUUGAGCCUGAAGAUAGCAAACGCACAACGAGUAGAGAGGCUCACGAUGUGGCUUGCGAUUAUUCCUUCAGCAGUGUUUGCGCCGAGUGGCUUAUUGGUCGCAAUACUAUCAGCCACCGGAUGGCUUGAGGAGACAACAUACAUCGCUGAUGAGCAUGGAAAAACGAGGUUGUUAUUCUUCAUACCAAGAAGCAUGGCCACUAUUACCGAGUUGGACCAGGCGGUUUCCUUGGCUAUAGGUAUCUUGACGCUUUGCUUCAGCCUUUGGGAUGCACUGAGGGUGAAAUGGCAAGCUGACAUAGAGAAACGGGGGUUAAUCGAUGAGGAUCUAGCGAGUGAUCAAGGCCUGACUGUCAGGAGCAUACUCAUGAGUAGCGCGGCAGGAAGACAGCUUUUAGAAAGAAACAUGAUGUAG